AUGAAACCCAGAGCGGAGAAGCUCGGGGACCCGCCCGUGAACGUCGCGGUGCGAACGUCCGGCGGCGAGAUGAUCGACUGCUUCACCGCCUUGGAGCGCAACCGCGUCAUCUUCAUCGGCGAUCGCAUCGACGAAGACGUCGCGACGUCGGUGUGCGCGAAAUUGCUCGCGCUGCAGUACGACGCCCCGGACAAGGACAUCACGAUCUUCCUGAACUGCACCGCGGGGACGCAGUACUGCGUGACGACGAUCCUGGACAUGAUGGACUACGUCUCGAACGACAUCAGCGUCGUCGCGAUGGGGUGCGUCGCGGGUCCGCCCGCGAUGCUGCUGGCGGGGGCGACUAAAGGGAAGCGCUUGGCGCUGCCGUCGGCGCGCAUAAUCCUGUCGCAGCCCCUCGGCGGCCUCUCGGGGACGUCGUACGAGGUGAAAAUUCAGGCGAAGGAGCUCUCGAGGAACGCGCGGUCGCAGGUGGCGUUCUUCGCGAAGUUCACCGGGAAGAGUUUCGAAGACAUGGGCGAGUACUUGGUGCGAGACACGUACAUGUCGCCGAAGGAGGCGAUGGAGAUUAAUCUCAUCGACGGCGAGAUCGGCGUCGACGCGAAGAUCGGCGGGAUCGCCGCGGGCGCGUGA